GAACUUAUUAUUUUCAAAAUAAUAAACACUUAUUUUUAAGCACCCCCAAACUUAGCCUAGACAGUUUAACCAGGAAUUAGGCCUUACGGCCAUGGACAUUUCGGUUCUUAACCAAAGGGCACGUAAUGGUCCCAGACUCCUAGUAACCCCACAUGACCCAGACUGGCCAGUGGAGACCAGAAUUCUAAGUAACAUCAGGAGUUGACUGGCGUCAGAAUGUUGUCCAUUCAACGUUGUUCUCAGGUGUUGGACAAAACUGAAAAGUGGGCCAAGGGUAUAUGUUCCGAUACUUUUAAGUGCAUCUUCACAUUAAGAUUAGACACCAUAUCUAGGCAUUCAUCACAUAGGAUGCAAGGGGUGGGUCCCUUUCUGACCCUGGGGACCACUGUAUGAUAUGCUGCAAUCUUUUUCCUGCAAUUCCAAACAGUCCGUGACAAGUGUCCCUUUUCAUGUGCUGUCUCAUAUACAUGGGUCCUUACACGUUAAGUGCAGGAAAGGAAGUGCAGAAUCCCAAAAUUCCUAUAACCUGUGGCUGUGCCCCUGGCUUUAGAUUGACAUAAAUGUGGCCCACGAGAAUGCACAAGGGAAUCGUGGCCCCAAAACGGUACAGGAAUCAACUGCACAUGAACAGGGAUCACGUACUCAUUUGCACGGUUGGUGGAUCUUCCUUACUGCAUGCAGGUUGCUGGGAGCUAACAAGAUUCAUUAUAUUUAUAGUGCUUUUGGGAAAACUAGCUGCAAUGGGUUUGAUUGGUUUCAAUUUUAAAUUUUUAAUUUUGUUUCGGUUUCAGAGAGGAAAUGCCGUGAAAAAAACAGUCUCCACACUUUCACAGAUACAGACAGAGUUGGAAGGUAUUAUAUUUACUAAAUAGAAAUAUGUCAGAAGCUUGGAAGCCUUGGGGACCCAAAUGCAGAAACAGUGAUGACUGAUGAGAAUUCAUGUACCUCCUCUCACAAAUAUCAAAUUCUGUCUUUCUUUUGUUUCUUCUUUCUUUUGAAUUCCUUCCUAUUUUCCCCUCCUGUUUUCAAUCCUUUUGACCCUACCUGGGCUUCCAAUUCUCUCACUCAAUGGCCCCACCCAUCACCUCAAUCACAUCCCCCUGCCUCUCUCUCUCUCUGAGCUUUGAUCUUACUCGCUCAUGAAAUCCAUUCCUAAAGCUACCCAAACAGAUGUUGGAACUGAGAAGCAGAGAGCCAAACAUCUCCACAAUGGGUCGGUGCUUCUCAAUCUCUCCUGUACUGCUUUUUCUGCUUUUCACAUUCUCACCACCUUAUGCUCUUUCUCUGCCCAUUCAUGAACAAGGGAAUGAACAACAUCCCGACAACAACGUCCAGUCCAUUGACAUGGACCCGGUUGAAACCGAAACUUUGUUCAAGAUCAUGGAGACCAUGUCAUCUGAUAGAAACUGGAGAGUCUCCAAUCCACACCCAUGUAAACCAGGCUCUUCAUGGCCUGGUAUAGAGUGCAAAACAGGUGAACACAACCGCCUCUAUGUCUCUAGGCUUGAUUUUGGCACGCCACCCAACCCAACCUGCAAGGCCACAGCCACCUUCCCUUCUGAAAUCUUUGAUCUUCCCUACCUUCAAUCUGUGUUCUUCUUCCAUUGCUUCUAUCACACCAGAACAACCAUCUCUCUACCCCAACAUAGUAUCUCUACUUCUUCACUGCAACAGCUCAGUCUGAGAUCAAACCCAGCACUCGUCGGGCCAAUACCGCCUCAGCUAUCUGCUUUGAAAUCUCUCCAGGUCCUCACAUUGACUCAAAACCACCUGGUUGGGGGAAUUCCAGAAGAGAUCUUUACUUUAACCUCAUUGAUACACCUUGAUUUGAGCUACAAUUUCCUCACAGGCACUAUCCCAAACCUACUGGGAAGUCUCAAGAAUAUUGAGGGGCUUGAUUUAAGCUAUAAUUUGCUUACGGGUCCUAUUCCAGACAGAAUUGGACAACUGGGUCUUCUUCAGAAGCUUGAUUUGAGUUCGAAUUUGCUCACUGGUGGCAUCCCUGACAGCAUUGAGAACCUUAAUUUCUUGGUUUUUUUGGCUCUGAGCAACAACAGAUUGACAGGGAAGUUUCCUGAAGGAUUGGCGAAGUUGGAGAGCCUAGAGUACUUUAUCAUGGACGACAACCCAAUGUUCGUUCCCCUGCCACAUGAGCUUGGAAGAUUGGUGAAGCUGCAAGAACUCAGGCUUGCAAAUUCAGGGUAUUCAGGAAAUAUUCCUCAGAGUUUCUCUCAGCUUCUGAACCUCAGCACUUUAUCACUGCAGAACAAUAGAUUAAUAGGUGAAAUUCCAGUUGGUUUAACUGGCCUCUCUCACAUAUAUCACUUGAAUCUAAGCAGAAACAAGUUGUCUGGUGUUGUUCCUUUCGACCCACUCUUCCUGAAGAGGUUGGGAAGGAAUUUGGAUCUUAGUGGCAAUCCAGGGCUCUGCUUAGAUAAGUCUGAAGCUUAUGUAAGAGAAAAUAUUGGACUCAAUGUUUGUGGAAGCAACAGAAGUGAUUCUCUUGUCCAACCACUGAAGGCUGAAGCUUCGUCUGAGUUCUGUAUAUCGAUCUAUCUGCUGGAUGUUUUAUGUCUCUGGGCAUUGUAUCAGCUCUUACUUUAACUUGAAUUCUCUUUUUCUUUUCUCCCUUUCAAUAUAAAUUAAAUUCCCUGUUUUUGCUCUCAUCUA